AUGCGCGCGACGUUGCGAAUCUAUUUAUUAUACUACUCCGACACACUUGAUUUCCAUAUCAGCCAACACGAAGACGUGGCCGACCAGGGCACGCCCGAGAAGCAGCUGAGCCUCCGCACCAAGGACACCGAGACGGGAUCAAAACGCUGCGUUGCAGCUUUCUCCAUCUGCGGUCGACUCCGGCAGCUCGCGCUAUUCUCCAUCGCCGCUAUGGGACUCUUGCCGCUGGUCCUGCAAGUCAUUCUAGUUCCCGAAAGUGUCUUCGGAGACGGCCACGGGGACCGCUGCGAGCAGCCCUCUUACUUCGCCUUCGAGAACAACCACUAUCAAGACCUCGAACCCCGUAAAGUGGCGUGCAGUGAUCUCCAAUCGGUGCUCUUCGGUGGCGUGACGCCCACCCCGACGACGGACCUUUUGCGCGCAAUACCCCAGACAACUUUUGAAAACAUUCGCUCGUUCGUGGUGAACCAGACGACUGGGGUCAGUUGCACAAAGCUGUCGGUGAACUGCGUGUGCUUCGGCAGGGUAGACGACGAAGGAGCCGUUCAGGUCGAAGCGUUGCUCAGUGCGCAGGAUUCCUCUGCAUUUGGCAUAGAUGCUUCGUGGUUGCAAGGGACCGCGUCGCACCUGCGCCUCCGCCUCCAACCGACAGAGUUUUAUGUCACGGACGCGAUGGGGGAGCUCAAUCCUUCUCGGACACCCGGGGCUGUACUAAUAAUCUCGCUCGUUGGACCAAAUCUCGACCCAGUUUUGAGCUCGUGCUACGAUGCAACACGGAAGUCAAGGUAUGCGGCGACUGAAUCUCAGUCAGAGUACCGUCGCCUGGUCACUGUGUGCUCGAAGCAGUUGCUGGUGGCCCAGACCUGUGCAGAAUUUACACUCUUCGGUGGUGAACGAGAUACGUUUGGCUGUGCGUACUCGGCCCUCGGUACGUCUGGUGCUGUGGCCGAUCUCAGCUCGGACGGAGCGCACCGGACGUACUCGUUCCCGGCACCAUGGCGCAUGAUCCAGUGUAGCCAGUCGGGGGAGUGCAGCUCGGUCUUGUUCACGCAACUGUGGCUAUCAGAGUGGACGGCGCAGGAGACAGCGUCCGGUGAGGUGCUGCGGCAAAACUUUGUGAAUCACAAGGUGAACGAGGUCACGGUGGACAGCACGGUCAGCUUUCGACUGCUAAUCAGCAUGCAGCUUUUGGCCAAGGUGUUGACGGCGUACUUGACAAGUGUGCGCGGGUGGUACCGGAUUCGGUGUGCCUUCGUGUCACCGUGGGCAAAGCAGCUGAACACCACGACUUCGUGUACAAUAGCAAAAGUGGUGCGCAGCAGUUACAACUUCAUCUUGGUUGCUCAAAUGGUCUUGAGUAUGAUGCAAAUGCGCAAGCAGUUGACGAUCGACUUGCUAGUGGGGGCAGACACGAACCAGGCAGUACUUCGUGCGUUUGGAUGCGGUACACUGGUGGUCGUUCUGGCGAUCAAUAUUAUCUUUGAUCGAGCGGGCGACCUGAAAAUACAGGAGAUGGAGCCGAGUAUUGCGCACGUGGUGGGAUUUCUUUCAUCGGUCAUCAUGUUUUUGGUCGAACGAACGGAUUCGGUGGCUGUGUCUGUUCGAGCGUUACUAGCAAAAGGCAUGCACUCAGUCUCAGCGAGUGAUGUGACGAAGUACUCAGGGUGUCCUGGUUCAUCUGUCUGUGCUGCGAAUGCAUCAUUGAGCAUGUAUACGCUUGUCCUCGUCAUAGUCAUUCUUGCAGCGGCAUUUACAGGAUUGACAUGUCACACCAUGCUGCAAGCCGCUAUCCGCACAGGAUCCAAGGUAAGAGCAAGCACCGGGACCUCUUAUCGUGUCGGAGUUUCAACACGCGUGUGGGCAUCAGCUGUAGUUAACUCAUUCACGAGGUUUCUCGACGAUCGAUCACGCAACACUGCCUUGUACGAUUGCAGCACAGAGCUAAAUGUACAAGCACCCGGACAAAUGCUGCUCUCGACUCGUGCGCAACUGGAAGCGUGUGGUUUCGUUUUGGCGUCCACGAUCCUCUUUCGUUACCCAGACCUACCACUCUUCUUUAUUGUCCGUGCGCUACCCAUUCAGAUACUCAACUUCUUUAACCUCACUGUGACCACAUACGAGCUCAUACACACCAGUGAUACCGUAAAUGGAAUCCCUGUCGAGCUUGUCGCUGAUCAGGUGAUUCACACGCACUGGCCCAAGCUGAAAGACGCGCGCUAG